UCAAUUUCGCAUGGCGGACGUGCAAGUGGUUUCUGUUAUUUGUUGGUGAUAAAUUCAAUAAAUUCACUCAUUGUGGUUCCUUAUGGAAAGACUACUCCUGAUGCUGUUAUUUCUUUGUGGACGUGCAUUAUUUAUUCCAUAACGUUAGAUGAUGUUCAUGUGUUGUUUAUAGUUGCAUUUAUAAGAACUGCAUAGUUAUCGUCAAAAAUGGGAAAAUGUGAUGAAGCUAGUGUCGAAGUUAGCAUGGGGGACUCGGCGUCCCCCAUGAAACCUGAUAAUUUUACAUUUACUGUGCCCCCGGAGGCUCCUGUGUUUGAGCCAACACCAGAAGAGUUCCUGGAUCCUUUGGCGUACAUCAGCAAAAUAAGACCUAUCGCCGAGAAAUCUGGUAUCUGCAAGAUAAGACCACCAGCGCAUUGGCAACCACCAUUCGCCGUGGACGUGGAUCGUCUCCGCUUUAUUCCUAGGAUACAAAGAUUAAAUGAGUUGGAGGCUAUCACCCGAGUGAAACUCAACUUCCUGGACCAGAUAAUCAAGUUCUGGGAGCUGCAGGGUUCUGUGCUGAAGAUACCAACGGUGGAACGGAAGCCCCUGGACUUGUAUGCCCUGCAUAAGAUCGUUCGUGAAGCAGGUGGAUUCGAAGUAUGUUCAGCGGAGCGCAAGUGGUCGAAGAUCGCCCGCCGUAUGGGCCACCCGCACGGCAAGGGCAUAGGUUCGAUUCUCAAGAACCAUUAUGAGAGGAUUUUGUACCCCUACGACGUUUUCAAGAACAACGGCGCCAUUGGAGACAACAAGGAGACGAAAAUAGAAGUGAAAGGAGAACAAACGCCAGAAAAGAAUAAUGCUGGAACGCGCAGCCGUACUUCCUCCAAAUGUUCCACAGCGGCCACUCCGUCUCCGGCCAGGAGGUACAAGACUUCAGAUCCUGAACCAGCCGCUGAGGGUAGCCAUACUGAGGGCGCUCUGAUAGGCGCUGAAGAUGACAAGAAGGUGAAGAGCCCUGUUAAAGAAGAAGGGAAGAAGUCGCCGGUUAAAGAAGAGAAUUUGGAGACUAGGAGAAGUCCCCGCGAGAACAAGUGGAUGUCGGCCGGCGGCAGCUGCAGCGCCGGCGUCCGCGUGAGGGUGCCGCGCUCCACGCGGCUGCGGGAGCACCGCAUGUCCAACAUGACAGUCUCUGUCACCCCCGCACCGCCCACGGAGCACACGCCGCACAAUGCUGAUGAUCCGCUGGCUAAAUACAUGUGUCACGUUUGCGGGCGCGGCGACAUUGAGGAGCAGAUGCUGCUCUGCGACGGCUGCGACGACUCCUACCACACUUUCUGCCUGGUGCCGCCGCUGGCUGAUGUCCCCAAGGGAGACUGGAGGUGUCCCGUGUGCCUGGCUGAGGAGGUGUCGAAACCGGCGGAAGCGUUCGGCUUCGAGCAAGGCACUCGGGAGUACACGCUGCAACAGUUCGGGGAGAUGGCCGACCAGUUCAAGUCCGACUAUUUCAACAUGCCCGUACAUAUGGUGCCGACGUCGACGGUGGAGAAGGAGUUCUGGCGCGUCGUGUCAUCCAUUGACGAGGAUGUGACCGUGGAAUACGGGGCUGAUCUCCACUCCAUGGACCAUGGAUCUGGUUUCCCAACGAAAUCCAGCGCUCACCUGUACCCCGGUGAGCAGCAAUACGCAGAGUCCAGCUGGAACCUGAACAACCUGCCCGUGCUGCAGGGCUCUGUGCUGGGGCACAUCAACGCUGAUAUAUCCGGCAUGAAGAUACCUUGGCUGUACGUGGGAAUGUGCUUCGCGACCUUCUGCUGGCAUAAUGAAGACCAUUGGAGUUAUUCCAUCAAUUACUUGCAUUGGGGCGAGCCUAAGACUUGGUACGGCGUGCCAAGCUCGAAAGCGGAGCAAUUCGAGGCGGCGAUGAAGGCCGAAGCCCCCGAGCUGUUCCAGCUGCAGCCCGACCUUCUCCACCAGCUGGUCACCAUCAUGAACCCCAACAUACUCAUGAAGGCCGGAGUGCCUGUGUUCAGGACUGACCAGCACGCUGGAGAGUUCGUGAUAACGUUCCCGCGCGCCUACCACGCCGGCUUCAACCAGGGGUACAACUUCGCCGAGGCGGUCAACUUCACGCCCGCCGAUUGGUUGAAAAUGGGCCGCGAAUGCAUCGCUCACUACUCAACGCUGCGUCGUUACUGCGUGUUCUCUCACGACGAGCUCGUCUGCAAGAUGGCGUUGGAAGCUGAUAAUCUGAGCGUGUGUGUAGCUCUAGCAGCUUAUAGAGACAUGAGGACCAUGUUGCAUGAUGAGAGGAAGCUCAGGAAAGCUCUGCUGGACUGGGGCGUGACAGAAGCCGAGCGCGAGGCGUUCGAGCUGCUGCCGGACGACGCGCGCCAGUGCCACCUGUGCAAGACCACGUGCUUCCUGUCGUGCGUGUCGUGCGCCUGCUCCGGCCGCCAGGCCUGCCUGCGCCACUUCCGGCAGCUGUGCGCCUGCGCGCCGCGCCGCCACACGCUCAGAUACCGCUACACGCUGGACGAGCUGCCGAGCAUGCUGGACAAGCUGAAGGCCAAGUCGGAGCAGUUCCGCGAGUGGGCGGAGGCCGUGCAGAACGCGCUGGACCCCGACACGCCCAAGACCUGCGACCUGGACGGGCUGCGCGGCUUCCUGCGCCGCGCCGCCGACCUCAAGAUGCCAAAAACGGAGCUGGUCCGCGCCCUGGAAACGGCAAUAGAGGACGCCGAGAAGUGCGCCUCGGUGAUAGCCCAGCUGGACCUGAACAAGAUGCGCACGCGCACCCGCCACCACGACCCCAAGUACAGGCUGACGCUGCACGAGCUCACGCUGUUCGCGGCCGAGAUCGACGGGCUGGCCUGCGUGCUGCCCGAAGGCUCAGCAGUGAAGGAGGUCCUUCGUCAAACGUCGGAAUUCGAAUCCCGGGCUACGGAGUUACUCAAUCAAGAUUUGGACCAGUUCGAGACGUCAUACAUGAGGGAACUGGAAGAGGUGGUAGAACUAGGCUCCCAACUGUGCAUCGUCCUCCCCCAGCUGCCGCCGUUACAAGCUCGGCUACAACAGGUCAAGUUCAUAGAGGAUGUGAGGACGUACAGAGCCGACUGCGCCACUUUGACGCCGGAGGUCAUCGACAGGCUCUUACAGGAUGCUGCUAACGUAGUGCCUGAUCAUAGGAUAGAAAUGGAAAGGGCCUUACUGUACAAAUUGAAGGCCCAAGUUGAAGACUGGGAAUCCCGCGCCAAGGAGGUCCUCAUCGAUACAACUAAACCCAGGGACCCCAGGGACCGACCGGAGCCCCAGUACACCACUCUGGCAGAACUCGACGCCUUGUUGGCGGAAGCUGAUGAUAUAGAAGCGGCAUUACCUUCGCAUCAUGCCCUGCAGACGGCCAGUGUACACGCCAAGGAUUGGUUGGUCAAGGUGGAAGAGAUGCAAUCAAAAGACUUGUACCCGUACAUGAAGAGCGUGGAGAUUCUGGUGCGGCGCGCCCAGCUGAUACCCGUGCUGCUGUACGAGAAGGACCAGCUCGCCGCCGCGCUGCUGUCCGCCCAGGACUGGAAGCGGGGCGCCGCCGACAUGUUCCUCAAGAAGAACUGGGGGCACUCCCUGCUGGAGGCGCUGUCGCCGCGCACGGAGCCCGGGGCUCCGCCGCGGCGCCGGGCGCGCGCCCCGGGCGCGGGCUCGCCGCCGCCGUCCAGCGCGGAGGCCGAGCAGUUCCUCCGGAACUUCAGCGAGGACUCCACGCCCACCGAGAUCGUGGCCGCCUUCAAGCAGGCCGAGCAUCGGGAGCUGGCCGCUAUCAAGGAGUUGAGAGCUAAGAACAUGCGGAAGGAGGUGCGCGCGCCGGCCGCGCCGGGCGUGUCGUUCUGCGUGUGCCAGAAGCGGCAGUACGGCGUCAUGACGCAGUGCGAGCUGUGCAAGGACUGGUUCCACGCGAAUUGCGUGAGCGCCGCCAACGCGGAGGAGGAACGUGACUCUUCCCCGGAGAGAACUGAUCUUCCCUUCUCCGCGGAGCCCAAGUUCCUGUGUCCUGACUGCGUGAGGACCAAACGGCCAAGACUGGACAGGAUUCUAGCUUUAUUGGUGUGGCUGCAGAAGCUGCCAGUGCGCAUGCCCGAGGGCGAGGCGUUACAGUGUGUGACGGAGCGCGCGAUGGCGUGGCAGGACGCCGCCAGGAACCAGCUGGCUCACCAACAGAUUUAUUUACAGGGGAACCGCGAGAAAUCGGACAAGCUGAACGCGGAACUGAAGAAGGCGACCGGGCGGGCGCACGAGGCGCACAACAUGUCACAAAAUUCUAGGUCAUCGGCAAGCGUAGAGCACGCUUACAGCGCCACACCUCGUUCUCCGAAUGCUAAAAUCCCAGCUAGUAUGCUGCAGAAGCUGGAGGAGCUGAUGCUGGAGGGAGACCUCCUGGAGGUGCGGCUGGAGGAGCAGCAGUCGCUGUGGAGCUGCGUGUGCGCGGCGCGCGCGGCGGCGGGCCGGCGCGGCGCGCGCGUGCUGGACGCCGGCCGCCGCAAGCGCAAGCCGCUCGCCGCGCCCCCCGCCGCCGCCGUCACAGUGCAGCACAAGCGGCAUCGCCACCACGCUUCAACGGUGCCCAAGACGACAUUAAAACGAGGGUCGGCGACCACCACGAAUUAUCUCAACAGGAAACAGGGUGCAUCAUCAACAUCCGGGCUGAUGAUGCGCAAACACUACAUGGCAAGACAGGAGCGACGCAAACGGGGCCUCGCCACCACCCGGGGGCAGAGGCAGGCCAGGAGAGGUCAAAGGUCAGCCGGCGCUCCAGCAACGUCAGCGUCAACGAGCAGGCGGAAUGCCAGCAACAGGAGGAGCAGCUCGUCAUCGCAGUCAUCGGACGACGAUGAGGACUGCGCCGCCGCCGACUGCUUGAGACCCACAGGCAAAGAAGUAGACUGGGUGCAAUGCGACGGCGGCUGCGACCAGUGGUUCCACAUGCACUGCGUGGGGCUGGCGCGCGGCGCGCUCGGCGACGACGACGAGUACGUCUGCGGCGCCUGCGCACACAGGAAGAACACCUCGCAGUAACGUUACAAUGGACUGUGUAACUUUCUCACUUCUUCAUAGGUGAACAUGAAAAUCCGUUUAAAUCGUUUGGAAACAUCAUCAAUGUUCGUAUGUAUGGUUUGCUAGUAAUUUACUGAAAACUUUUGAAAUAAUGACAUGAAAUUGUUAAGGUAUCGUGAUUAACUCUCAGUAAAAUAGUAACAGACUGUGUAACUUUAAAACGUUUCACGUUUCGAAUCAUGUUACUAUGAUUCGUGGAAACCGAGCGAUACAAGUAUUUCUUAUAAAUAAUAAAUGACUUUAUCAAUAAGGUGCAAGGCUUCAAGAUACCUCUCAAUUUCAAUGGACUGAACUACUUUGUUUCAACGUAUUUCUGAUCUGUGAAAUGUUUGAAACGCCGCAAGAUAACUUCGCAGUAAAUAAGGGCUAUAAAGCUGUUACAAUGAAUUUUCCCUUCAAAAUGCAUGUCUUUUAACAGUCAAGAUUACCAGUCAGUAAGGUGCCAGUUAACAGUACUGUUAAAAUGUAAUUCUGAUCUGUAAAUUAAUUGCGCACCAAGAAAAUCUCUCACCGAGCCAACAAUGGGCUGAAAGUUUAUUUAAAUGAAUUUCUACAUCAUCGAAAAAUGUGAAACGCCGCAAGAGUAAGGUAGCGAAAUUUUAAAAUAUAGAACAGACUAAAAAGCUGCUAAAAUAACUCCACAAUAUUCAAGACCUUUCAAUAAGGUAGCAUAGAACUGGAAACUAUAAAAAUGUAUUUUUCCACUGUAUUUGAAUACCAAAUGAUUAUUUCUUAAUAACUUCACAGAGAUUGCUACUUUCUGCUACAUUAACACACAUGUGAAAUGAAUAUAUUGUUUGUAUUUUUUUAAAAUAAAAUUUUAUGUAAGAAACAAAAAACUUCAUUUGAGAUUGUUCUAGAAUGUAUGUUCCAAUAAUGACUAUGUCGUCUAGAUAAAUUUGGAAAAUUUUAAAAAAAGGACUGAUCUUACCGGCUCAAAGUAACAUUCAAGUUAGCUUCUUUGUUUUAAUGGACUGAAACAAAUAUUGACGAGCACAAAACAUCGAAAAUUCGCAGAAAAUCGCUAUUAUCAUCAUUAGAUUUUUCUCACGCGUAUUAAGUCAUAAUCCUAUUUAUGCGCGAUCUUUGAAAAUUUUAAGAGAAUCGAAUAAAUAUGUCGAAUUUACUAAUAUCAAUUAUAUUUCUAUAGUGCCGCUUUAUUGAAAUGGCGGAUGUGUUAUCUUUUGAGAAGUAUCCUGAGUAGUUAUUUCACAAAGAUUAAGGUAUUCUAAAGUAUCGUAGCGAAAUUGAAACAUCCCGAACUAUCCAAGAUAAGCUAUAAGUCAUUGAUGCCUUGUUGUUAAUUAAACGUUGUAACCACAAUUAAGCACCAUUUGUUCACUCGAAAAUGUCUUAAUAUGAAUAUUUAAAAUUAAACCAUUCUCUGGAUUUUCUUGAUUUUCUAGUAUCAUUUAAGAUCAAUUUGUGUACGAAAUGAACUAAUAUAAAAUUUAAAUUUUUGUGUAAUUUAGCGCACAAGUAUCACCAAUUCAAGCAAAUUACACAUAAAUAUUGAAAAAAUGACAAGAGUUUAUAUUUUGGUAUUAUAUAAACUUAAAUGACUAACGUAUCAAAAUUUAUAAAAUCAAAGAUGUAAAUAGUAAUUUGAGAAAAGUUUUAGCAAAAUAGAAACAUCUGUUCUUUGACCAUGAAAUGGAACAGCAUUUGCUUUUUAUCUAGGCUAAACUUAAAACCUGAAAUGAAUGAAAUAAAACUAGCUAUUGAAAUUAAAACAUUCGGUAUAACGUUAUGAUACAUUGAUAGAUAUUUCACGAAAUACUGUUAGGAUUGAAAUGAUAAUUUUAAUCAAUUUAAAAGAUUCGAUGGCAUGGAAAAAUAGUUUCCUUAAAAAUCCGAAUUUUUAUAUAAAUUAAAAGAAUUUGUAAAGUGAAACGUGUUGUAUUUCGUGAAAUAUUAGAAGCACUCAAUCAACUUAAUUUUGAUCUAGUAAAAUUUAUUACGAUUUACAUCUUAGCCACUGAAGAAAAUAGAGAAAAAGAAAAAGUACAAUAACGCCAACUUAAGACCACAUGCAAUCAGAAUUUCAAUAUUCUAAUAUAAAUUCAAUAAUCAUUGACACCGCUAAUGUUAUAUCUAGAUGUAAUUCCAAUAAACAUUGUUAUACUUAAGUCAAUAAUAAAACAGUAGUCAGAGAUAUAUUUGAUGUUUUAGAUAAACCCAAAUGUCAUCCCCCAAAAGUGCGUGUCAAGAAAUAUAUUGCCUAUGACUUUAAUAUGUAUUCAAUUAAAAUGUCUUAACAAAUGAUGAACACACGCUGUGAAAUGAAAUAAAAAUUGUUUAUUCAUCAUUGGGGACAUUUCAAAUAUGGCACGCACAAUCUCAAUCCAAAAUAGUAGUUACUCGUUGUUGAAAUUUAUAAAUGUGCAAAAAGUAAUUUGGCUCGAUUACAGAUCUAAUUUAGGAUGUUUAAGGACCGAUUUUUAUAAAUGUAUCACCGUUUGCGGCUAUAGUAAAUGCCUCGUCAUGUUGACCUUUAUUUGUGGCCCUAUGUACAAACAUACAUAAAUAUAAUCACGCCGUUUUCCCGAAGGAGUAGACAGAGCUAUGAGUCCACUUGCCACAAUACCUGCACACUCAUCGUUUUAUACCGAGGUUAAUAUGUUAAUUUUAAUUGCACCAUCUUUUAAUUUAUUUACUAUUUUAUGUAUGUAAAAGUUAAAAUUAUUUCAAUUGUAAAUGUUACAGCGACUGACCGAACACAGAUAAACCCUGCGAGGUUUCCACGGUUCAGUAGCUAUAUUUUGUAUAUCGAUUAAUUGGAAAUAACUUUUUUUAAAGUAAAUUAAUUUUCGGCUCUAGUUUACUUCUGUGUUUACGUUGAAAGAUGUGUCAGUUUCACUUAAGUAUUACUUAAUUUAGUGCAACUUUUUGCCAGAGCCAAAGCCUCUUAAAGGCUAUAUUCUAGCAACUCGUCACUAUCUGAAUCAGCUAAAUGGGACUUUGGAGUCUUCAUAUUUAUCGGAUUUACAAUGAUAGUUAUGUGGUAUAUGAUACAAUGCACCACCAAAAGUUACAGCAAAUAUACAAUCACGUAUUAAAAACAGCAUGAUCAGAAGAUUAGCUGAAGGAUAAUCUGGAGAGAUAAACCACAUAACAUACCAUAAACUUUUAUCAAACUGUCAGAGGUCAAUCUUCACAAAUAACUUGACAUUUACUAUAGCAGUGAAGUUGUAACGUAGGAGAAUAGUAUUUGUACGGAAGGGAAUGCGGCGGUUGAUAUCAGAAGAUUUUGUAAAUAUUUUUUUAAAACGAUCGUAUAUUGAUAGAGUAAGUUUUUGCAGCUUCCUCGUGUCUUGCUGUCUUAUCUGUUAUAAGAAAUUUGUCUUAUUCAAUUUCCCAGUUUAUGAUUUAUAUAAUUAUUUAAUUUAAUGAAAAAUACUUAUGAAAUCACAAGAAAUUUAAAAUCAGCCUUUUGAAUUCUCAUGUUUUCAUGUUUGUUCAUUUUGCUCGUUAUAAAUACCUACGUGUUGUGUAAGUUAAAAUGAACAUAUUUAAUGUCUGCAUUGUUUUGCAGCUCCAUAGUUCUUUUAUGCCACUUGGACCUUCUAAAUACUGAAGUCUGAUCAAAAAGAAUUAGAUUUUUUUUAUUCUUGUAAAAAUAUUUGUAAGGAUAAUUUAGUAGCCGAGUAACAUCAAAAAUAAAUAUUGAUUUUAAAUACUUAGAUUAGAUACCAGUGGUAGUAAUUUUAUUUGGGAUUUGCAUAGUUGGUCAUCAGAGUAAAUUCAAAAUAGAACUCCUUUAACAUACUAAACUGUCGCCCUGAUUUUGCCUGGAUUUCCACCCUGUCUGGAAUAUAUUCUUUUGGCGAUAGUCCGCUUUUGUACGUUUUUUUUUAUUUUCGCUGUAUUUAUUGUAUUUUCUUGUGCAAUAACAAUUGUCUGUCUACCGAAGAUUAUCGAGUUCAUCACAGAUUCAAUUUAGCAAUGUAAAUAAAGUUAUUGGUGUAAAUCUAGGCGUUUUAUUGUCAAAAGUCUGUUGUACACAUAGUAUGAGCCAUGUGAUUUAAUUAAAUUCCAUUACAUAAAAUGAAAAACCAUCAAGAUUGACAUAUAAUAGGGGAUCCAUCUUUAUUUGACAAUUUCAAAAGAAUGAAAUGCUAUGACAACCACAUAAUCGCUGUACAUCUCAAUUUCACUUGUUUUUGUCUAAAAAUGGGCGUGACAUAAGUUUACUAAAUAUGAUCUUGAAAACACCGAUCAAGUGAAUUGACACUUGAUCUGUUAAAAAAAAAAUUUACUUUUAUCAAAACUGUCUUCGCAUUCGUUGAAUAACGUAUCCUCUUAGUUGUAAAAUUCGCCUAUCGAUUAAAUUCGUUUCUUGGUGCCUCUAAUUACCUAAAACUAUAAUAUUUUAUGACAUUCUAAUCCUGGCCAGGGCAUGAUGAGAGAAGAACUUUCUGAUUGGGCUGUGUCUUGGAUGUUUAUCUAUAAAAGUAUUUAUUAUAAAAUAUAAUAUCGUCGAGUUAGUAUCUCGUAACACAGGUCUCGAACUUACUUCGAGGCUAACUCAAUCUGUGUAAUUUGUCCCGUAUAUACUAUAUUAUUAUUAUUUUAUAUAUUGGUAAAUCUUAACCCUUUUGGAACUACUUAUAAAAAAGAAUGUAGGUGACCACCGCUCUGCCGCAAAUUCUUUGAUCGACUUUACAACAAUCUUCUAUCAGUCUUGUAAUUAUGACAUUGAUAAGAUAACUUAUAGACAUGAAGAAUCAAAUCUAUGAAAAAAUUUACGCUAAUCAAAAGCGUUAGAUUUUUAAAGUGUCUAAAACUUGUGCUAUCUAUGCCGCAAAAAUUUUUUACUUGAUAAAAAUAAAUUAUACUUUUAUUAGUGAACAUUUGAGAGAGUGAAACAAAAAAGACACGAUAUCAAAAUGUCGGGUUAGAGUGUAUGUGAUCACGGUUUUGUAUGUUUAAUAUUAAGCGUUUUAAAUUAUACAAAUUUGGAUAACGUGGGCCUUAUGGAGAUUAAAGUAGGGAUAUUCGCUUUGAUAUUGUUUUUUUUAAUUUUCGCAACGUAAUGACACGAGUAUAUAAAAUCAAUUUUUUUUAAAUGUAAAACCUGUUUCGUCAUAUUCUGAUAAAUGUAAUGUUUUAGAUGAAUUAGAACAACGUUAUUGUCUAAUAAAAAAUUUAUAUGAAUAUUAUAUCUAAUGUAAAAAGCAGAAAAUGACCGAACGGGUCCAUAGCAACUUAGCUUAAGCCAUUCGCAAUUUAGUCCAAUUAUAUUUUUAUUAAAUUCUUUUUUAGGUUAAGACGUUUUUAGGGGACGUUUGAUUGCGUUCGUGUACCUUAUAAUUUAGAUUUUUUACGUGAUGUGUUGCAUAAAUGAUAGAUUUUUUUUAUUCUUUUUAAUUAUUUUUCUUCAAUUAAAUAUGUUGGCUUUGCACAAGACCAUUGGCGACAAAUAUGUCCAUAAUAAAACUUUUCGAAUAAAUUUCGCAUCAAUGUGAAUUUCACUAUUUUACGAUAUCAACUAUUUGUAUAAGGUACACAAUGCAUCCGAGGUUUUACAAAAAUGGCUGUAUAAAAUUGUUACACCCGGCUUUUGUUGCAAAUGAAAUGUAUUGAUCUCCCUUCGAGACUAGCAUCACACGCCUGGUUGCGCUCCCGUCACGCUGAUAUUUUUUUGUAAUGAUGAUGAUGAUGUGUUAUUUUAUAACCAGGGCUUGCAAGAUCCGUUGACUUGUACUCGAUAUAUAAAUUUCGAAAAUUAAUGUUAAACUAUUGGUCUUGCACCUUUAUGAUUAUAAGCAUGACUAGCUCUUAUAAGUAUUGUUUUGUCUCAAAUUUAAAGCAAUUAUUGUUCAAUAAUAAAGAAAAAAAUUAAUGUGGCAUUUAUUUGUAACAAAUUUUUGACUUUUUUAACGGCUAAAAGUGUUGCUACUUAUUAAUAAUAAUUGUUUUUAACCUAUUUUUUAUUGGCGAAUAUUCACGUGCGGGCGUUUUCAGGCUGAUCUGUAAUCCGAUCGAAGUGUGGAUGAACAUGUUGUAAAUAUGUUAGGCUAAGUGUGUCCCCGGACGCGCGACCACGCGUACGGCCCGCUUGCCCCGGCGUGGUUACGCGGCCGGCAUAUACCGUGUACCAAAUAAUAUAGAACAUUAUAGAAAAAUAA